AUGGAUACUGAUUCAAGCGACGCGGCAGCUUGCGAGUCAUCCGCACCCGCAGAAUCGCCCGCUAUCCUCCUCCACCCUUCCGCACAAACAUCGUCGUCCACCGAUACCAUUGCUCGGUCCCAAUCUCCCGCCAAACGGCUAAAGUCUGAAGAGGCCCCAAAUAGGACCCCCGUUCCCCACAGUCUCGAGGACACAGCCGACCCUAUGGACGAGGAUACCCCGGAAGUAAGGAGAGAGGUCUCCGUGGAUAUGUCAGAUGUGCUCGCUGGCUCAUCUGAGAUGGCUGCUCCUUCAACAGCUGCAACUUCGAUCACUUCGGCUCCUAGGCCCUCAGCUGAGGAGAUGUUCAACUUAGUGUUUAAAGCAAAGAUAGAAAGCAAGAUGGUGGAAGGCGAUGUGUGGUACAUCAUCUCUGGGCCGUGGUUGAACAGGUUCAUGCAAUCUAAUGAAGGUGGCAAUUCCUUGUCAAAGGAGGAGGAUGAAGGGGAACUAGGUCCGAUAGAUAAUUCGGAUCUCGUGGAAGCAUCACAGGAGGCAAAGCCCGAUCAAAGCAAUCUAGAUGACGAAGUUUUCGCGUCAGAAGAGUUGGUCCCAAUCAAGCCCGGCAAUUGUGGAGAUGAUUUUGAAAUUGUUCCGGAGCACGUUUGGGACUCGUUGGUUUCUUGGUAUGGCCUUGCUCCAGGUUCGCCAAUCAUCAAAAGGCGAGUGGUAAAUACUUCGGAACCGGGCGACGAACCAAACCUCCAAUUUGAAUUCUAUCCGCCCAAAUUUACCGUUUUCAAACUUCGAGACCCUAGUGCAACUAUCACGAAAGAUAGCUUACAAAAUGAGAAGUCUCAAUCUCCCAAAGAAUUCAUCGCAACGAAAGCCGGAAAAUAUCAGACGUUUCUUCAGAAGGUUAAAAAGCUUGCAGAUGUGGAGCCUAGCAGAAAGAUUAGAUUGUGGAAAGUGCUUGGGAAUUUUACAGAAGAAGAGACUGAAACAAUCCCACAAGGAGUCAAGAAACCGAAUAAAGGGAAAAGCCCGGGAAUGUUCGGGAAGCUGAUCAUAGAUUUACAACCAUUUUUAGAGUUGCAAGAGGGAUCUGAGCGGGAGGUUAUAGUCUUCGCAGAUUCUUCGAAUGACGCAAACUAUAACGCCCACCUUCGCGUCAGUACUGCCGGUGUUGGAGCCGGUGGGAUUAUUGUUGUUGAAGAGCAGAGCUCAGAAGGUGGAUGGAUUAGCGAGAAAAAUGUCAAGUCAGCCAUUAAGUUUGGCCAGUCAGUGACAGUUACAAGUUACGGGAAACCCCCUGCUAUUACUCCGAUAUCCAAGAAAAAGACUACAUCAAGGAGCUCAAGCCCCUCUGCAAGUAGUGUUAAGAGUUCCCCGUCGAAAGUCACUGUCAUCAGGGGGAGGCGAGAGGGAAGGCCACAGGGAAAAUGUGGGCUUAGCAACCUCGGAAACACCUGUUACAUGAACAGUGCUUUACAGUGCUUGAGGAGCGUGAAGGAACUUUCUCGAUAUUUUAUUUCGGAUGAAUAUGAGAAAGAAUUAAAUCCUGGUAAUCCACUUGCGCAUCAUGGCAAAGUUGCAAAAGCGUAUGCAGGUCUACUUAAAAAUAUUUUUUCACCAACAUGCCCUGCAUCCUUCGCUCCCAGAGAAUUUAAGACGACCAUCGGCAGAUUUGGGCCAUCAUUUCAGGGAUAUGGUCAACAGGAUUCCCAGGAAUUUCUCGCGUUUCUUCUCGAUGGACUGCAUGAGGACCUGAACCGUAUUCAAAAGAAACCUUAUAUUGAGAAGCCAGAAUCUACAGACGAGAUGGUUGGUGAUAUGGAGGCCAUUGCGAAACUUGCAUCAGAACACUGGGAUAUAUAUAAGAAACGAAACGACUCAGCUGUUGCCGAUCUCUUCGGGGGUCUGUACCAAAGUACCCUUGUUUGCCCUGAGUGUGAGAAAGUCAGCAUUACAUUCGACCCUUUCAUGGACUUGACCCUCCCGUUACCUGUAGAGAAUGUUUGGUCGAAAGAGAUCUUCUUCAUCCCAAAGGAUGAUUCCAAAGGGAAACUGCUUAAAAUCCCAGUAGAGAUGGACAAGAAUGGUAGCAUAAAAUCUCUUAAGGAAUAUGUGGGGAAAAAGAUGGGGAUAGACCCCCGGAUGAUCAUGGCGUCCGAGGUUUACAAAAACAGAUUUUUCAAGCAUUAUGACGAUUCAGCCACUGUUUCUGAUCAGAUCCAGCAUAACGAUGACGCCUAUCUCUAUGAGCUCGACGAUAUACCUACAAACUGGCCUAGCAAAAAUAAAAAGCCCAAGAAAUCCCUCUAUUACGGCAGUUCUUCAAGUUACCGAUUCGAAGAGGAAGAGGAAGAGCCGCAACCAGGCGCCCCAGAAACCGAAAGGUUGCUGGUACCGGUAUUUAAUAAGGUAUACAAAGAAAGCAAAUUUAAUCGAUCGCCGAAUCUUGAUGGAUUUGCCUUCCCUUUCUUUAUUGUAGUCAACAGAGAGGAGGCCAAGAAUCUUGACACAAUUAUGUCGAAGAUUGUCGAGAAAUACCAGCUUUUGACCAGCCGGAAUCUUUACGAGCAUGUGCAAGAAAGAUAUGAUGACAUUGAAGACUACGAGGAAGCGAACGAAGGUGUUGAGGUGAACGAGCAGAAGGAAAAGGUGGCUGGCGAUCCUGAGCAAGAGGAGGAUGAUAGAGAUGGAUUUGUCAAUGUAUCCAUGAAGGACGCCGGUUCUGUUCAGGAUUCAGAAAAUGCUGAUGAAGCCGAAGGCAGAUCUCCCAGGAAGACCAUCAGACGUGGCCUUCCAACCGGACUGCAAGAACUUUUCAACGUUAAGGUCAGCAAAAGGAAGUCAGGGGAUGCGUCAUUGCUUACUGGUUGGCAAUCGCUAGAUGCUUCUCUUGAUAUUAGGGAACGACUAUUCCCAGAUAACCCGCCUACCCCUCCUCCGAGAAAGCCGUCUGUCUUUCCAGCGGGUGGAAACUCGGGAAGGCGUAGUCCAGAAAGUGUCAGUGAUGUCGAUAAUUUUGAAGACGCCCCUGAACCCGAAGGAGAUAUGAUGCAAGAUGUUAGUGAUGAUGAAGAGAACCCUCAAUUCGGUCAAAACUCUUUUUCAAGACCACCAAUCAAUGUUGCUUUUGCGCCAGUAAUAGGCUCUGAUUUCUAUGGCAACAGCAGCGCAAACUCCUCUGUUAAGGCGUUAAAGACGCCUUCAAGAACGCCUAGCCCUACUAUACUUGACGAGAGCCCCCUUAUUAGAUGGGGCGAAGGGCUUAUCUGCGAGUGGACUGAAUCUGGCUGGGAUGCUAUCUUCGGGGGAAAGAGUGAAGACGACCUCCGUGGCAGGGCGAUGUGGAACGACAUGGCGGUUUACAAUGACCAAGAGCUCUACAAUCGGCGACGACGUCGGGAGGACCGUAAAAACAAGGGUAUACAUCUUGAGGACUGCUUAGAUGAAUUUGCAAAGAACGAAGUUCUCUCGGAGGAGGACCCUUGGUAUUGUCCACGAUGCAAGGUCCAUAGGCGAGCCACGAAAAAGUUUGAGCUCUGGAAAUGUCCUGAUAUUCUUGUUAUCCAUCUCAAACGAUUCUCAAGCUCGAGGAACUUCAGAGACAAAAUUGAUGUUUUGAUUGACUGCCCAGUCGAAGGCCUUGAUUUAUCAAAUCGGGUUGGAUUGAAAGAAGAUGAUCAUGGAUUAAUUUAUGAUCUGAUCGCUGUUGACAACCACUAUGGUGGAUUGGGUGGCGGACAUUAUACGGCUUAUGCCAAGAAUUGGAUUGACGAUAAGUGGUAUUACUGUGAUGAUUCGAACGUACGAGAGGUUCUCGACGCUGAUAAGGUCAUCACACCGGCAGCUUAUCUUCUUUUCUAUCGUCGCCGCGCUAGUCGUCCAUUGGGAGGACCGAACUACGAACGACUUAUCAACGCUUUAGAAGGUGCCUCUGAGGACUCAGCUGAUGAGACAGGAUCUUCACGUGAAGCGUCCCCUAACCGGGCGGGGGAAGGUGGGCUAUCCGACGACCGGAUCCGCAGGUCGUCGGGCGGUGGAGUCGGUGGAUUUUCGACAAUUUAUUCCGAGGAAGUUGGGAACGGAAAUCUCUGGAAUAGCCAGCCAAGCUCAACCACCAAAGUGUUCGAAGAUGAGCAGCUACCUGCCUAUUCCCUCUUGAAGCCUGACGAUUCGGAAGAAUCAGGCAUUGAGAUGACCUCAUUGCUCACAGUCGAGCCUCAGUCAGUAGAGCUAUCAUUUACACAUACCGAGCUGAGGAACGAGCUUAUCAAGGAUAUGAAUGAAAGUGAUCCGGAGGCUGAGAUUAGUGGUGGCGGGGUCUUCCUUCAGCAAACAGAGCAGGAUGAUGGAGAGCCUGCCGACAUACUAGUUGAUGGUGAAGAUACGAUCACACCAGCCCCUGAUCAGGCAUCAUGA